AUGAGCCGCCUUUACACGUACUUCGUGACGUCGGCCCCUGGCGGCGCUACGCAAGGCGCGUUGCGCUGCCGCCUGGCGCGGGGCUCGGAACGCGAGUACCUGGUGUGCCUAAAGAAGUCGCGCAUAGAUGUCUACUCGCUGGAGAAGGUCGGCCAAUCGGAUGCCGAGGGCGCCGACCGCCCGGAGGCGCCGACGCUUACCGCCACGAUCGAGGCCCACACCAACCUGCUGACCUUCAUCGAGUUCCGGCCACCGGGAGCCGACCAGUCGCAUCUGCUCGCGCUGACCUGUAACAUGUUACUGUUGCUGCUGACGUUCGAUGCCGCCGCCGGGAAGUUCGCCUCGAGACCGCUGGUGUCUUUACAGGAAAUCGGUGCGCAAGAGAUAGAGUCGGAUGUAGUGCUACGGAUAGACCCGGAGUACCACUUCAUCCUCUUCCACGGGCAGAAGAAGACACUGAAAUGCGUCGUGCUGGACCGCGAAAACUAUUUCAACAUCGGCCACGUCAUCACCAUGCGCACCGGAGAGAGCACAUUUUUGGACGUUGCCUUCCUCGACGUUGCUCUGAGGGAGGUCUCGGGGCAUGCAGCGGCCCGCAGUGCUGAGGAGGCCAGCACGAGUACGUCGGCAUCGCGCCUCGCCGCUGCAGCCGGCUCUAUCGCAGAACUGGGGAAGUCUAGACCGCGUAAAUCCGUGCUGGAGUCCAAGAUGAUUCUCAUUGCAGCCCACCGGCGUGACGCCGCAGUCGCUGAUGACGGCGAGGGAGCUGAGUUCUGGUACUGUGGCGUGCAGCUGUUCUUCGAGAUCGAGCAUUGCGACGGCGACCGCCGAUUCACAGCAUACGGUUGCUCGCCGUUAUUUGGCGAAUCAGUUCCACUAGCCGAGCGCUUCACGAGAUUUGUCCCGUUGAAGCUUAACGCGGGGCCCCGAUGCAGCGAUAGCGUGUUGUUGCUGGGUUCGCAAGCCAUAGGGUUCGUUUCCUUCCGAGAUCCGCGUAAUGUCAAGUUGUUCCACAUGGACAUAUCGGUAGGUGAAAUAACCAGCCAUUGCACAGUGGAGGAAAACCGGCGUUACCUGGUCGGAGACGACACUGGAACGUUGUACCUGCUUGACCUGGUUGAAUCGCGAACCCCUAUCAACAGCGCCCUAAAGCGGCGCGUGGACGCGGCCGAUGCGUCUCUUCCAGCGUCGAAGGUCGCCAACGUGGGCACAUGCAACUCCAUCGUUGACGUUUUCGCCACAAAGGUCGGAGUGUACUCGCCCCCUUCAGCGCUCGUCAUGAUCGCACCCGACCUCGUAUACAUCGCAGCUGUCGUAGGCAAUUGCCGAACUGUCCGCAUUAACGGCAUGAAUUCCGGGGCUGGGUACGCCACUAACGGUUCCAUGAGCGCAAUUGAAGUCGACGACCCGGUGAAUGCAGCAGAAUACCGCGACGGCAUGGAUCAUAAGCAUAGACGCAUAGAAUCUUCGGAGAACUGGCGUCAGACCAACCUCGGGCCCAUCCUCGACUUUACAUUCGGGCCGCAACGCAAUCAGGUUGCGGCACCUAUCCUCGCCUGCUGCGGAUACGGGGCGGAAGGCCGCGUAUGCAGCAUCACGCUUGGCGUUGGGAUAGACCUAUUUGCAUCGCAUACAUUGGAGGGGGUUCGCGGGAUUUUUGCCGUGGGAAAUUCCAACACCAAAUCCACAGUAACAGAGGUUGUCAUGUGCUGCGUAUUUUUCAACUACACGCGCUUCUACAAGAUCGCACUUCCGGUAACGGGUCACAGGCGACACUCUGCCAACAGGACGGUUAUCGAUCCAGUGGAUCAACCGAAAUGGAUGGUGGAACCCAUGUCAGCUGAUUCUAUUGGACUCAUGACCAACGCUAAAACGGUGUUGUUUGGUCGCUAUGGUAACAAUCGCGUAGUUCAGGUGACAUCGGCAGGGGUGAGCGUCGUAAGCGUGAACGGCGGCGACUUCCCGCCGCAAUUUUUCAGCGUUUCGGAUAUAUGCGACAUCUCAGGAAUUGGAAACAGCGCCGAUACUGCUGGCACGGCGGUGGUGAAUGCGAAUUGGUGUGAUGGCGGCAUCUUUUUGCUCCUGUCAACACAUGUUGCGCUCAUGCUUAGCCUUGAAGGCGGCAUGCGAGUCCUCAGCUGCCGUCAGCUCGCUAAACAGACGGCUGCCACGGCUUACGUCAGCGGGUCAGAGUUCAAGACAAGACGUUCAAGCGGCUUUAUUGCCUUGGCCACAUGGGAGGAUACGGAAGUAGCCCUGCUGCAUGAGGAGACCCUGGAAACCCUGCACAGGACAAAAGUAAUUUGCGGUUACGGGGUGGCGAUCUCGGCGCUGAGGUUCGGUAUUAUUGAAGAUAAGGCAUUCUUAUUCGCUGCGCUGUCUGACGGUACCCUUGUGGUUCACAAGGUAACGUUCGGCGACAAUAAAAAUGCGGAUACCAGCGGCUGUGUGGGCUUGGCACUGGAGAAUAUUAUUAAAAUAAGUGAAGGGCCCAUUGGUUUGGCGACACUGGUGGUGACUCCGGGUCAACAGGCUGGGCGGGUUUGCAGGUUGUCUUCCUCGCGCAUCGUGACGACCGGCUCCAACCCCAUGCUGAUAUACGCGAACAAAGGCAAAGUGGAGUACGUGCCUGUGAAUGCGCCGCAUAUCGCCACUAUCUGUAGCAUUGAUUCCGGACGGCAGAUUGGACACGUAGUACCUCUCCUGUACACGUCCAACCGGGAUCAGCUCUGUAUCGGCGAGCUUGACUCCACCAGCCAGCUCCACGUGGAGACCAUCUGCAGCGGUCGUUCGUUUGACAAGAUUUGCUACCACAGCGACUCCGACCUUGUUGUGGUGGGCUGUGUUGGGGAGCUGGUGGCCGACUCGGAGAGCGGAAUCGCCCGCCGCGGCGUAGGUCAAUCGCAAGGUUCACCAACCCAAGAUUCGGAUAGUGCAGCGCCGAGCGAUGGCACUGCGUUCCGAUGUAUUGACACUUCGUCUAUGAUCCCGUUGCCGGGGAUAUGCAAGUUGGAGCCGUGCGCAAAGUUCAUCUGUCUCAAGACAAAGGAGGUGGUCCACACCCUUAAAAUUCCAUCACGCCAUGUGGUGUCGGGAGUGUCGACAGUGGCAUUUGAUGGCUACAGGACUAUGAUCGCGAUUGGCACAUCGCGCGUGUCUGACCAGGACGAAGUGCCCAAGGAAGGCCACAUCUACCUAGUGGACGUAGUGAGCAGCGGCCCCGAUUCGUGGAACAUAGUGUUCUUGCGCACCGUGACCGCACUCUCAGCCGGCAUUGUGGAAAUGACGACAUGCUCCAAUGCGCUCGUCGUGGCCCUCAACGAUGCCGUCACCGUGAUGACUCUGCGCAGGGACGACCGGCCGUCGCUAAGCCAUAGCCACUCGCACACCGCCAAGACGCACAAACUGGAAGCCGUUCAUGCAUCUGACGAUGACUACGGUAGUUUCGAGCUCGUAGAGCGUGCGGAAUACAAAUCGUGCACUUACGUUGUGUCGCUGGACGCAUACAAGGAUGUUAUUGUGGUGGGCGAUCUGAUGAACUCAGCCCGGAUGCUCCGCUGGAGAGGCAACGAACUGCGGGAGAUCUGCAAGGACUUUAACAGCGUCUAUUGCACCGCAGUGGCGGCGAUAGACAAGACGCAUUGUGUUAUAUCCGACAGCUCCGGGAACUUCCACGUAUUGGGCAAGCCCACCGCAGCGACUAAUGACCUCGAGGCCAUGAGGGUAGAAGAUGCAGGGCUGUUCCAUCACGGCGAGAACAUCAACCGUAUCCGUGCCAAUCCGCCGGCUGAAAAUACCGCUCCGAAGGUGGAGUCCGCGCAGGGCCGCGACAUGCCUACAUUCUGCACCACAACGCAAUGCAACCGUCGAUUCUGCUGCCUGCAGGGCGACGUGCCAGUGUCGACCCCGCACGACGUCUCAGACGACCUCAUACGCGGCCUCUCGCGGCCCAACAAAUUCUGGAACUACGGCUUCAAGUGCGUGCUGACAUGCGCAACAUCAGCGGGGUCGCUGAUUCGCCUUUGCCUCUUCGAGGACGAUCGCCUCUUCUACCGUCUAGCUCUGGUUGAGGAGGCCAUGAACAGCGUGCAGAAGAACGUUGGGAAUGUUUCCAACCUGCACUGGCGGUCGUUCAAGAACCGGUGGUCGGUGUCACCACCUCGAGCGUUCGUAGACGGCGACGUGGUGGAGAGCUUCGUGGACCUGGAUCCGUCGUUACGCCAGCUGGUUUUCGACGCCAUCUCCGAGAAGGAGUCACAGGGCAUGUUCUACUCGCACGAGCUCCUGGCGCUCGAAAUCGAGCACAUACGGCGCCUGCGCAGGUGA